AUGUCACCGUCAGAGCCGCAAGCCGGACCACCCAAGUUCAAACUAGCACAAGAGAGGGAACUAUACAAAUAUCUUAAACCCAACGAAGUUUUCCAACCUGGCCCAGGCGCGAGAUAUGAGGAUGCACAGAAUCAACGUACUACAUAUAUUCCACGCUUGUCGCCAGACACAGCUUUGACGGCCUUCGCCCAAUUAGGAGUUUUAAGGUUCAAGGCUCAACGUGCCUUGAUCUCACUCUUCGGUCGCGACCAACAUUACAUCCUCUCAGAGGCCACUCAAACACUCAGUCUUCAGGAUCAUACAGUGGAAAAUGAUCGAGAUGCCUUGUGGUUGGGUUGCUGCGUGGUUCCCAAGGGGGAUGGAAUCUGUCAACAAGUCGCUUCCUUACCGCAACUCAAACCAGAGGAAGAUAAACACGUGGUAGAGGGUAUAUACGUGGUACCUGACCUGCGCAAGGAUGACCGGUUUAACCAGUUGGACAUGGUCAUCGGCUCUCCCAAAGCAAGAUUCUACGCAGGCGCCCCCAUCAUCAGUCCUAAAGGGAUCACCAUCGGAUCCUACUGUAUUAUCGAUGACGAGCCACGAUCCGGAUUGGACGCCCCGUUGAUAAAGUUCCUACAAAAUAUGGCAUCGACCGUCAUGGCCCACUUGGACAUGGCCCGAUCCACAACGGAACAUCAUCGUGCAGAGAGAAUGAUUGUGGGGUUCGGAAGUUUUAUGGAAGGUAAGGCGACGCUGCGCAAUGAGUGGGUACAGGACACUGGACUACGCCUGAAUGAACAGCAACAUAACGAAGGCCACCUGAAUAUACUGCAACAAAAUGUACAAAUCAAAUCUGGUCUUCUCACAACCGUCCACACUCGCCCGUCGUCCUCCCCGCUGCAGCCAAAAGCAUCUUCACAGAAUGGUUCUGAGCGAGUUAUAUCAUCGAAUUUAUCCAGUGGACCAUCGCCGAGCCUCUCCCCAGGACCAUCCUCCUCGUCGUCAACGACCCUGUCCGACAAGGAUUCAAACGCCAGUUUUGACCAGAUGUCAACUCUCAACAAAUCCGAAACACAAAGUAGUUUCUCCGUUCGAAGCACGUCGACCGAGAAUCUACAAGCUGACAUGCUGUCUAUCGGGGUUCGACAAGUAUUUUCACGAGCAGCUAACAUCAUCCGCGAGUCGAUUCAAGUCGAAGGCGUCGCGUUCUUCGAUGCCAGCAUCGGGUCGUAUGGUGGUCUCGUCAACGAUACGAAGCGAAAGGGGCCAGGCUCCGACAGCGGUACUUUGGAAAGCUCCAUGGACAGCAGCGAUGAUAGCACCGAAUCUGAUUCCCAGAAAAGCUCUACCGCAUCCGCCAAGAAGGACAGCCCACCAGAGAAUACGACCUUAUGUGAAAUCCUAGGCUUCUCGACUUCCACUACAUCCAGUAUCAAUGACGAAUCAAAAGGAAGACUUGCUCUCCGGGAAGUAUUGUUGAAGACGCUUCUGCGGCGUUACCCGCAUGGCAAAAUUUUCAAUUUCAGUGAAGAAGGAUCGAUGUCCUCGGACGAAAGCAGUGAUGGACCCUGGGAUAGCUCGUUGAACCGUGGGAGUUCAAAUACGACCAACAUCGACCUCACUGGUGAAAGAGCAACAGGAAGUCGGAAAAAGACGCGUAGUGCCACGCUCAAGGAGGACGGAAUUGUUCUCAUUCGACUCUUCCCGGGAGCCCGCAGUAUUGCUCUCCUUCCGAUGUGGGAUUCUCACCGAGCUCGAUGGUUCUCGGGUGCUCUGGUGUGGACGAACACACCUCGACGCGUCUUCACAUCUGAGACUGAGCUCACAUAUCUGUCGGCCUUUGGAAAUAGUAUCAUGGCGGAGGUGCAUCGUCUGGAUGUCGAGAUGUCGGAGAAGGCGAAAACAAAUUUGGUCAGCAGUAUCUCACACGAGUUACGAAGCCCUCUCCAUGGCAUUCUUGGUACGUCAGAAAUACUCCGAGACACGGCGAUGGACGCGCUUCAGCACGGAUUAGUGCACACGAUUGAAUCUUGUGGGCGGACGUUGCUGGACACGAUCAAUCACUUGCUGGACUUUUCGAAGAUAAACAAUUUCCGGAAGGAAGGGGGUAACAAAGCUCUCCACAGACGGAAAAGCCCUCUUAGGCGACACAAAAACACGGACCCAUCGCCUUAUAGUAAGAAGCCUCCACAACGGACACGGCAUAGUGGCAUGAUCAGUUUGAAGUCUGAUAUUCAGCUGGAUUCCGUUCUGGAAGAGGUGAUGGAAAGUGUCUUCGCAGGCUACAGUUUCUACCACAGCCCACAAAGGUCAACGACGAUAGACCGUCCUAUUACCAUGGAACUUGACGUAUUAGGGUCCGACCAGCAAGCGAGUCAGGUCAGCGUCAUCCUGGAUAUCGACGAAGCUGCUGAAUGGAGAUUCUCCACCCAAAUAGGCGCCUGGCGCCGCAUCAUGAUGAACAUUUUCGGCAACUCCCUGAAAUACACCAAGGCUGGCUUUAUAUUGGUGAAAUUAACGUCAUCACCUGUCACUCAUGCCAAAGAUGCCGUGCCCGGAGGACCUUCUGAUUUCAAGGUGACCCUGCUGGUCAAGGACACGGGUAUCGGGAUGAGCAUGGAGUAUCUGCAGAAUAACUUAUUCACUCCAUUUACACAAGAAGACUCGCUUGCCCCCGGAAAUGGACUCGGGCUCAGCAUUGUUCACCAUGCGGUUCUGUCUAUGGGUGGUCAUAUCGAAGUUAGUUCACUCCGGGGUCGUGGUACUGAAGUCUCGAUUGAAGUCAUUCUUACCCACAUACCCGCUCAAAAAGCCAACUUGAGUCCCUCCAAACCUGAGCUCAUUUUAAGAAUCAAAGACUUUACACGUGGCACGACCCUAGGACUUCUGGAGCUGGGAUCGUCUGACAUCCACGAUCGCGAUACAAUUCUCUCUACCUCUUUAGAGAAAUUGUGCAAGAACUGGUUCGAGAUGGAUACCGAUACCGACUCGGUGAAUACCUGGGAAUCGUGGUUGUCAAAAACUCGGGAUGGCAAUAUUAGGAGUCGAAUGGUUUCAAUUGUGGUGAUUUGUCAGUCGCCAGAGGCAGCACAUCUCAUGUCUGUUGCAGCAAACCAAUCGAACCACGAGGCUAUCGUCGAAUUUAUCAGCCAGCCCUGUGGCCCGCGGAAGUUGGCCAAGGCAUUUAACAUUUGCAUCAAGCGACAACAAGGUCAGGAAUCUCUGAUUGGGAAUGACUCUGAUAUAGAUCAACCCCAAGAGAAGAAUGUGUUUCAGUUGAAGAAGUCACCUCCGGUUUCCAGGGAGGAUAUCGACGCACAACGUGCUGGAGAUGAAAGGGAUUUCCAAAAGCAUCAGGCAGGAAAACAGGCGAUAAAUGAUGAAUAUCGCAAGUUGGAGGAAAUGGGAGACUCAUGGCAACAUAAAGACACUCCUCUUCCUCACACUGAAAGUGAUGCCAUUACUUUGCCAAUUCGACAUAGAUUGCCCGGGAAAGAGGAGCCGACGUUGACAGUCUUGUUGGUUGAAGACAAUGAUAUCAAUCUGCAGAUAUUGGUUGCACAUAUGAAGAAAGAAGGAUACAGGUACACAAUUGCCCGCAAUGGUUUGGAGGCGUCGAACGCUUUCAAAGCCCAUCCUAGAAAGUUCGGAGUGGUCCUAAUGGAUAUCUCUAUGCCUGUAAUGAACGGAUUCGAAUCUGCUCGCCUUAUUCGCAAGGCUGAGCAAGAAUAUCAAAACACGCUCGAUGUUUCAACGAAAGGAUCAUUUAGACCUGCGACUAUUGUCGCUAUGACCGGCCUUGCAAGUGCUAGUGCUCAACAUGAAGCGUAUGGGUCAGGAAUGGACCUCUUUUUAACGAAACCAAUCAAACGAAAAGAUUUAUUCGCGGUAUUGAAGGAAAGAAGCCCGGUCGAGGCCAAAAGUCCCUCUCAAUGA